CGCCCCCAGUAGUAGUUCACGUCCUCCAGCCAUUAAAAGAGGUGAUGCAACGAGCCGGCGACAACAGUAACUUCAGCAGCUGAACGCGAGAACACUCCGUCGGAGGAGAGCAUCACAACACGCGCGUUUUAUUCAGUCAAAACAAGAUUUCGGAAUGAUGCUCCAGUAUCCUGGUUUGGGUCCCUCGGAGAUCAGUGCGACUGCUUUGGUACCCUGCCUCUCCCCGCCUGGCUCUCUCACGCUGGACGACUUCACCAGCUUCACUCCAUUAGUGAAAGAGGAGCUGCGCAACGCCAUUCAGAACAAACGCCUGUCCAACGGCAUGAGCACCCUGACCCCUGACCGAGCGUAUAUGAACGCAGAUCGUCCUACUGAACCACCUGUAAUGAAGCGUGAGACCAAUCCAGAGGAGACUGAAAGGAGAAAAAGAAGGAGAGAAAGAAACAAAAUUGCAGCAGCGAAAUGCAGAAACAAGAAAAAGGAGACAACAGACAAUUUACAAAUGGAGUCAGAGAAGUUGGAGUCCAUUAAUGCUGAGUUGAAAGCCCAGAUUGAGGAGCUGAAGAGCCAAAAGCAGCAGCUAGUUUACAUGCUCAACCUGCAUAGGCCCACGUGUAUCGUCCGAGCUCAGAACGGCCAGACCCCUGAAGACGAGAGGAAGCUCUUCAUCCAGCAAAUCAAAGAGACCACCCUGCAGGGUCUGAAUCUAACCAUAAGUGGACCAACACACAUCUCAUUACCAACUAGCUGUGGACAUCUCUAAAUCACAAACUGUACAGGCAAGAAGCUAAUGGUUUGGCAGUCCUUGCCAAGGAACGCUGGAAGGUUCACCCACGUUAUAAAGGACAAAACACGGGGCGUCUGCCAUGCUGCCAGUUGAUAUACACUGAAAGACACUGUUAAAGCACUAGAAGGACGUUUGAUGCGUUUUUCCUCUUAUUUAAAUGUGUUCGUAAUUGUAUGUAUGUUCAACAUGAUAUGCUUUUUAUAUGCA